AUGAGUCGCGGUGGAGGUUCAAGAGGCUUUUCAAGAGGCGGAGGACGAGGUGGUGGACGACCUGGAGGAUUCCAGAAUGCGGGACCCCCAGACCAGGUUCUGGAAAUGGGAUCGUUCAUCCACGCCGUUGAAGGCGAAAUGCUCUGCUCAUCACUAAUGCCCGACAAAGUCCCCUACUUCAACGCCCCCAUUUACCUCCAAAACAAAUCCCUCAUCGGCAAAGUCGACGAAAUCCUUGGUCCUAUAAACGAGGUUUACUUUUCGAUCAAGAUGGAGAACGGGGUCAUUGCAAGCAGCUUUAAGAAGGGUGACAAGGUGUAUAUUGGAGGCGACAAGUUGCUGCCUAUUGAAAGGUUCUUGCCCAAACCCAAGGCACCGCCUGGUGUUAAGAGUAAGUUUAGCCAGGCCGUGGAGGAGCAGGUGGACGAGGUCGGGGUGCACCGAGAGGACGGGGCGGUCCAAGGGGAGGAGGUCGGGGUGGGUUUGGUGGGCGUGGAGGCGGAGCCGGAGGUCGUGGAUUUGGUGGAGGACGAGGAGGAGGACGAGGAGGGUUUGGUGGAGGCCAGGGGUGGUCGUGGUGGAUUCCGAGGCUCAUAA